AUCAUCAACAGAUAAAUGAUACGGCUGAUUAGAAUUUUUUUAUGCUGCUGUUGCGUAUUUACUAGUCACUUUUCAAAUGGAAGCAGCAUUCACAGUUCAGAAAUCAAAUCACACCUUAUCAAUCAUACGAUGGAAUUGAUUGAUAGAGAUUUUGCAAAUAAUUCUAACCCACUGAUAAUAUCUUCUGACUUGGUUGAUGACCAAGUGGCAAGCGGGAGUAUUGAUAAUGGAAGUCCGCUGAUUGUCAUAAAUGGUGAUCAGAUGCGGAAGCAAAUCGGAGGAUAUCUUCCUAGCUAUCCUACAUACAUUCUCAGAUUUGAAUCUAUGCAGAAACUGAUAUCACUCAUCUUUCGGUUCAUGGGCUCAAUAAUCUGGAACAUAAAGUCGCCAAUUUUUAUUCUCGACAUAUCUGAAGGGCCUCAUAAUAUAAACGCUUUUAUGGUUCUCUCAUUCUUUGGAAACCUCGAUAUUUUGGAAUCAUACUAUGUGUGUUAUGAUGACAAAAGAGAUUCAACCAUAUAGUCUACUCUCUAAACCCUUACACGCAAUACGCUCCGUCACCUUGGAAUCAAGUUAAAUUUGCAAAUGCCAAUGACAAUAGUAAAACAAAAUACACACUAUACAGUCUGCAGUAUCCGAAAGAUUUGAGUAACAACUAUAAAAAUAUUUAUUUUGAUAAAACUCAGCACUUAGAUGGUCAUGAAAUAAAAUUGAUGGUCCGUAUCAAUUCAAAAAAUUUAACCGAACAGUACAAGCACAGAAAAAUGAUUAAGUACAUGAAAUCUGUUGAAAAGUUUAAAGACAGCCUAUUGUAUUCAUCACCUGAUUAUAUGAAAGUCACAGCGUCACUUCAAAUUCUCGAAAAGGAUUCCGAUUUAAAAGUGAUAAAAUACGGUUUUGAUGAAAAAUUUUUCAAUAGUCAGUACGAUGCGAUUAACGCAAUGAACCAAUUAGCUGAUACCAAUUUUAAAUUAACUGAUUUUGUGACACAGUAUCGUGAAAUGCACUAUUCAAUUUUGACAAAGAAAACAGAUUAUUUGACGGCACUUACCGAAAUCCACAUAAAGUUUCAGUUCAUCUUCAUCACACUCUUGGUGUUGAUCCUGAUUGCAGUAAUCAUAAUCAUGAACAAUAAAUUUAACGUGAUCGAAGGAAUCAUAGACAUUGUGAGCAUGUCAUUGAGCAUAGGGAUAAUGUCUCCAAUGAGACGUCUCUCGAUAAGGAUCAUUUGUUUUUUCGGAUUUUUAUUCAUUUUUGUGGUGAUGCCCGAAUUCCAAGGACAAAUCUCAGCCAUUCUAUCCCAACCUCCAAGACGCAAUGUCGAAACCUUGAAGGACUUAUUUGACAACAAAUACCACGUGUUUUACGAUAAAUUAUUGUCAAAAGACAUGAUAACUGAAAAAUUGUGGGUGACCGAAAAGGACAAGAAAUACUUACAUCCAUCGGGUCCGCUUGAUCUGACAAAAUGUGCUACAGAAGCCCAACAAAAUCCAACCAUCGCUUGUAUUGACUUGACUAUGAACCAACUCUACAACGCCUUAAAGCUCCAAAAUCUUUAUGUAUCAAAAGAAAUCACGUUCAAGAAAUAUUUUGUCUUUUGGACAAAGAAGAACUGGGCGCUGAAGGACAAAAUUGAUAAAGUUCGUGCAAUACCGGUGGAAACAGGAUUAAUUUACCAUUAUGAUGAAGAGAUAGAGAAGAAUCAAUGGAUUCAAAAACUUGAAAUAAAGUAAAAAGAGGACUACUAACGAAUUAUUUCAUACGUUUAGGAUGACUUUAAGAUAAU